UCGUUUUGUGUCGCAUACGAGUUAGUGCAUACCGAUCCAGUUUCGUUUCGGUAACCUUCUCGUUUGACGUGGCCCUCGCGUGAUAUACACCGCUAGGCAGUGGCUAUAGCACCGGACUUCACCAGCGGACAUCACAGGCAAGAGGCAACCAUGACAUCCGUCCAGAGCCAGGAAGAUCUUGAGGCUCGGAUCGCGCGCAUCAAGAAGCGGAAUGAGGAAAUCGAAAAGAAAUAUCGCGAGGCGGAAGAAGACCGGCUCCGAGCGAUGAAGGAGAACGCCAUGGUCGAGAUAAAACCACCGAAGGACGACGACUGGCCACGGGAGCACAAGUACGACAAAAUAGAUUUUAACUACGAACUUGACGAGAACACGCUCGCGGAGUUGGAAGAAAGGAAAAAGGAGAAGAAUGCUUUCAUCCAGAAGAUAGCGAAAGAGUAUAAAGGAUUUGCGGAUGGAGAGGGACCACCUCCGGAUCCGGCCUACAGUUUCUUGGCCGAUGUGGAACGAGACGGUGAAAAAGCCGGUUCCGGACAGGCGGGCGGUAACGGUAAUCACAGCACUCCAACGCCCAAUAAUGCCGCCAUAGCCAAUGCUCCUGGUAGAAGCCCACCCAGCAAGGGUGCGGAUCAUUUCGAUCGUCGUAAUCCGAACAACAGAAGUGGCCAUCGGCAGGGUGUCCCAAGGGAUACAACUGGCCCACCAGCAUCGGGUGGCCGUCCCAGAGGUGGAAAGCCGCAUCACCACGGGCACCAUCAGCAUCAUUCCGGGGCGAAUAUCCAACGAUCGUUUUCCACAAACGAGCACGAUGGAUGGCGUUCGGCUUCGGGUGAACAGCACAGACGAAAUGCACGGGGAACUACAAACGUGUCCCAGGAUGGUUCCGGUCAUUGGAGGCGAGGAGAACAGCACGAGGUGCCGGAAACUCGCAGCAAAGAUGAUAGUGGCUUACAGACGUCAGCUAAAUUGGAACCGAAUCUGACGGUGUCGGUUUCCCGCGAUGGGGAGUUCAAGAGCGUGAAAGUGACCUCUCCGCCGAUCAUUGGCAGUGGACGAGUUGGGCCUCGCCAAGCUGCGAAGCCACAGUUUCAGUUUCACACUGGCCAGGGGGAUCAUAACCACGGUGGCCAACAUCACGCGCAUGGUCAUCACAAUUUGCCACACAAUACGGGCGGUCGAAAAGAUCAUUCGGAUCAUUUUAAUCGAAACACCACGGGACGGAAGUCGGAUCGUGGUGGAGAAAGUGCCAAAAAGUCUGCUCCCGGUGCCGGUAAGGGCGGUAAUGCGAUGCAGCCGAAGAGCAGCAGCGUGCAAGAUCGGUUGAAUCGCAACCGAACAACCGGAAAUGCAAGUAAUGAUAAGAACGAGAACCCCAUUAGUAAGCCUGCCGCGGCUCAACCCGUUUCCGGUGCCGCUAAGGCGACACUUAAAACAAUCUCGAAAAUCAUUGAAAAAAAUGCUGAAAUGGACGAGCAGCUUGCACGUGAACUGGCACGGGAAAACGAGAAGCUUGUGACGAAGGUGAAAGAACUGCGCCUGCAACAAGAGCAGUAACUAGUGUUCCAUUGAAAUCAUGCAAACUGCCUACGUUAACACAGGUGCAAAUAGUGCAGUGGAACUCGUUUGAUGGUGCCUCACGGAGUACAGAGAUACAAUCUACGUGCUCUUAACGCCUUCGUGUAAGAAAGCUGCGUUGUAUUAGAUUCGAUUCUUCUUUGGACCAUCGAUCAGUGCAAUUUUACCUAGCAGCUCACAAACUGCUGCUAUGGAUUGAGAUUUGUUCGUAUCUCAAGCUAAUCAUUUGUUGGUGAAAUUUUGAAUAUCACCCGCAAUUCUCAUUGCUGGCAUGCGGGAUCGUUUCAACAAUGGU